AUGGCUGGCAUCCUUGAAAUCAAGGCCCGUAGGAGCGAUGCAGUUUCGGAGCAGCUUGGAGGCUGCCGUGCGUGGAUCGUCUUCUUGCACAGUAUGGUGGACAUCUACUCUCACACCUCGGUGCUUCUGCUUGCUUGGUUCACCAAUGCCUACAUAAUUCCGGUGUACCUGGCGCUCCUCUUUGCCAUGGUCACCCAAGUCUCAGACCUCACGCCAUGGCAGCUCGCCGAAGCUCCGCUACUCUGGCUCGCACCUCAUGGGGUUCGCGCAACAAGGGUGCGCUGCUUCCGGCUUGGCAGCCUGGCAUUGAGGGUCCUGGUAGUGGUGGCGUUGGUGACAGUGGUGGAGGGUAAUGAUCCCCCCAGCAUAGUGUCGCCCCGACGCCUCUUGCGAACGCCUCCCAGCCUGGCUGAAGACCGCCUGGAGCAGUCCUUUAUUUGGAAUGGCUUCUGCAAUCUCUACGCGGGGACUUGUUUCCUCAAUCAGCUGCCAGAGUGGCUGUGGACAGUUUCGAUCUUUCUGCUGCUCCUUGGCCCCAUGGCGGCGGUGGCGAUUGCCACACUGUUGGAGCUGCUCUCGUGCUGCUGCUGCAAUCAGGCCACGGUGAUUGACAAAGGGCAUAAGGUGAUGAAGCAAGAGGAAGUGAGAGAUGGGCCAGAAAGGGAAUUGAGAUUGAGUACCUCUGACGAGCCACAGGAGGGCAGCACCACCAGGGGUAAAGUUGUCUUCUUUGUGUCGACCCUUCUGCCUUUCUUCGUGGAUGUAGUGUCAGAUGUGAAUGGGGUCAUUCAGUACAUCCUCACCGGCAACUUCUUCUUUGCUUUGGCAUCAGUUGGCAUUUUCUUGAUGUCCCUUCGGCAGCAGAUCAGGCGUGGAGCUGCCAAAGGAUUCCUGACCGCUUCCAUGGAAUCGAUGCAUCGAGGCGAGGCCACGGACGACUUGGAGCUUCUGAUGCUUUCGGAGUUGUCUGUAGAGGCACCAUUGCAGCUCUUGCUUCAACUUUAUGCGUUCCCUUUUCUCAAGUCCAGUGAGUUCGCAGUGAUCUCUUUCCUGCUCUCCAUUUUCUUGAGCCUCACCUCGGUCGCUGGUGCGGCCUACACACUUGUAGAACUGGAUUUAAUCUCGACGAUUUUGGUGAGAGAAUACCAGGCUUUGUCCUGA